CACAGCUGGAGUUGACUUCCGCAAUCCUGAUGGAUAAAUGUAGCACCCUUAGUCUUCUGCUCACAGUAACCACACUUCCUGUCUGAAAGGAGCCUAGACAACAGAUUCUCAGCCACAGGAUGUGGGUGUUCAAGUUUCUACUGCUACCCGUGUUGAGCUUUGCUCUCUACCCUGAGGAAAUGCUGGAUACCCAGUGGGAGCUAUGGAAGAAGACCCACAGGAAGCAGUAUAACAGCAAGGUAGAUGAAAUCUCUCGGCGUUUAAUUUGGGAAAAAAACCUGAAGCAUAUUUCCAUCCAUAAUCUUGAGGCCUCUCUUGGUGUCCAUACAUAUGAACUGGCCAUGAAUCACUUGGGAGACAUGACCAGUGAGGAAGUGGUUCGGAAGAUGACAGGACUCAGAUUACCACCACCCUCUGAGUCCCACAGUAACGACACUCUCUACAUCCCAGAGUGGGAGGGCAGAGCCCCCGACGCCAUCGACUAUCGAAAGAAAGGAUAUGUUACUCCGGUCAAAAAUCAGGGUGACUGUGGUUCCUGUUGGGCUUUUAGCUCUGCGGGUGCCCUGGAGGGCCAGCUCAAGAAGAAGACUGGCAAACUCUUAAAUCUGAGUCCUCAGAACCUUGUGGAUUGUGUGUCUGAGAAUUAUGGCUGUGGAGGCGGCUAUAUGACCACUGCCUUCCGCUACGUGCAGACGAAUGGGGGCAUUGACUCUGAAGAUGCUUAUCCAUACGUGGGGCAGGAUCAAAGUUGUAUGUACAACCCGACAGCAAAGGCAGCUAAAUGCAGAGGGUACCGAGAGAUUCCUGUGGGGAACGAGAAGGCCCUGAAGAGAGCAGUGGCUCGGGUGGGGCCUAUCUCUGUGUCAAUUGAUGCGAGCUUGACCUCUUUCCAGUUUUAUAGCAGAGGUGUGUACUAUGAUGAAAAUUGCGACCGUGAGAAUGUGAACCAUGCCGUGUUGGUGGUGGGCUAUGGCGUGCAAAAGGGAAACAAGCACUGGAUAAUUAAAAACAGCUGGGGAGAAAGCUGGGGAAACAAAGGAUAUAUUCUCUUGGCUCGGAAUAAAAACAAUGCCUGUGGCAUUACCAACCUGGCCAGUUUCCCCAAGAUGUGAUCCAGCCAGCCUAGACGUCCUGUUCUCCUGUUCCUUCUUCCAUGGUGCCAUGUGGUGGUGUAUUUGGAAAGGAGUUGAGAAAGGGCUGCUGAAGUGGGCGUGCUCCUGGUGACACCUCUGUAACUGUCCCUCUCUCCACCCACUUCUCUGAGGCGAAGAUCUGGUCCCGACUCACUGGGUUCUGCUGUCUGGGGGCUGAUACUGUGUAGAUAAACAGUGGAGGUCUCCAGCAGGCUGGAGUGACCUCCCCAAGUCCCUGUCUCCAGUGCCGAGAUUCACAAACCUGUUCAUAAUUCUCUGACAUAUUUGCAUGAUAUAAGAAAUGUAUGUUCUUUCCCUUCUUUGCAUUUGAAAUAAAGUAUCUCAUUUACAAUUUAAUAAAUGACAUUGU